CAGGGAGAGUAUUCAGGCGCGCGUGCGGCUCGACAUAAGACACUUCAUGCUGAUCUUCUUUUCAUGUGCCGCGUUCAGCUCUACCUCACCGGGAGAAGGUGAUUCUAUAUUGAACCUACACAUACACACAGCGGAAUAGUGACGGUUGGGACGACAAGGAGGAAGAUUCGCCCCUGAAGAAGAGCGGUUUGGAGAGUGAACUUCAGCCCAAAGCUGUAGUGCGAAGACGUUAUUUCCUCGUUAUAAUGAAUGUAACCUAUAGCCUUCUGAUGUUUUGACAUGAAGAUGGUGUUUUACGUAAGGACUCUACUCUUGUUUCUCUUAUUAUUUUGUGAGGACGGUUGCGCACAUGUGUUCAAUCUCAGUCUCUCCAUAGAGGAAGGUUUACCUGCAAAAACUAUCGUCGGCGAUUUAAGUGUUGGACUACCGACGCAAACCCACAUUUCUGGAUUCUUUAUAUCUGAGAGCAAAGAUUCAGAUGUGUUCAGAGACUUUGAGAUCAAUGGAGACUCCGGGAUCAUCUCCACAGCCGUGGUGUUGGAUCGAGAGCGCACAGAUAAGUACGAGUUCGCGGCCGCCGCUUUAACAGGAGAGGUUAUUAAAGUAAGCAUCGAGGUGAAGGACGUGAACGAUCAUUCCCCCGAAUUCCCUGUAAAAACAAUCCAUUUGAAUGUGUCUGAAUUAAGCCCACCAGGAAGUCGUUUUGAGUUGGAAGGAGCUCAGGACCAGGAUAAGGGUGAUUAUGGCACUCAGGGCUACAGAAUUACAGAUGGAGACAUGAGGAAACUUUUUAAAGUGGAGAUCCGCAGUAGUGGAGGUGCUAUGUCAAAUUUAGACCUUAUUCUGCAAGCAAGAUUAGAUAGAGAAACUACAGACUUCUACAAUUUCACAAUUGAGGCAUUUGAUGGUGGUGAACCAUCCAAAAUAGGCCAAUUACAAGUACAUGUUACUGUACUUGAUGAAAAUGACAACCAGCCUGUGUUCAAUCAGUCAGAGUAUCAUGCUGUCUUAUUGGAAAGCACCCAAUUGUUAGCACCAGUCUGCCAGGUAUUUGCCACAGACCCAGAUCUUGGCAGCAAUGGUCGAGUCACCUAUGAGAUAAACCGCCGUCAAAGUGAUCCAAAUGAGUUUUUCAUUAUUGAUAUUUCCUCAGGUAUCAUUAGUGUAAAUAAGCUUUUGGACUAUGAAAACCAGUCAUUUUUUGAGCUCAUUGUGACAGCAUGGGAUUCUGGGAUUCAACCUGAAUCCUCCAACACAUUUGUAAGUAUUAAAAUACUGGAUGUCAAUGACAACCACCCAAAUAUUAGCAUCCUAUUCCUAAAUGAGGCCGGAGCACCUGAAGUAUCCGAAGGAGCAAGACCCGGAGACUAUGUUGCCAGGAUUGCAGUCUCAGAUCCAGAUUUAGGAGAUAUCAAUAAGAUUAAUGUACUUCUCCAAAGUGAGGAUGGGAUGUUCUCCCUCAAAUCCACUGAUGAUUUUCUUUACGUCCUCUGUGUGGAUGGCCCACUGGACCGAGAGUUAAAGGACUUGUAUAAGCUCACUGUGACUGCCACAGAUUCCGGCUCUCCUCCUCUGAGCAGUGAGAUAACAUUUCAGGUUCAAAUAACAGAUUUGAAUGACAAUCCACCCGUUUUUGAUCAAAACAUCUAUGAUGAGAGCAUUUCUGAGGAUGUGCUUGAGGGAACAGCUCUCUUCCAAGUCAAGGCUAUGGACAGAGAUCUAGGAGGGGAUUCUGGAAUCACCUACUCUAUUGCACAAUCAGAGCAGGAGCAUCUGUUUAACAUAGAUCCAACAUCAGGUCUCAUUACUACUGCUGCAGGCCUAGACCAUGAGCGAGAGAAGGAACUGAGGUUCUUAGUGGUGGCUUCCGAUGGUGGUUCUCCUUCCCUGUCCUCCACGGCCACUGUGACCAUCCACGUGGUGGAUGUCAAUGACAAUAAACCUAUAUUCCAACAACAGUUCUAUAAUGUAACCGUCAAAGAGCACACAGCUGUUGGGACAUGCAUCCUACAGGUCACUGCCAUAGAUGCUGAUGAUGCUGAGUUUGGAUCAGUGCGAUAUUCUCUCUAUGAUGGCUACAGCAGCAAGGAUGACCACCCUUUCUUUCACAUCAACUCUGUUACUGGGGAAAUCUGUGUGUCUCAAGAUAUUGAUCAUGAAGCUCACCUUGUGACUUUUGACUUGUUGAUUAAAGCUGAAGAUCAAGAUGGGCUCAGUUCGCAGACAUUUGUUCACAUUGAUGUGGAGGAUGUGAAUGAUAAUGCUCCUGUUUUUAGUCCUGAGAAUUAUGUCACGAGUGUGAGCAUCCAUACUCAACCUGGCACUGAGCUCUUCAACAUUUUUGCUUCUGACCGAGAUUCUGGGAACAAUGGAAAAAUCACCUAUGAGCUUCUGCCUGGAGAUUCUACGUCUUUAUUCACUGUGGACCAGUCAACAGGUACUGUUUACCUGAGUUCUUCACUUUCCCAGCUGCGCAGUAGCAGCGUGAAGCUGUCUGUCUCUGCUCAGGAUGGAGGAGGUAUGUUUGCCGCUCAUCCUGCUAACAUCACCGUGAACAUCUUACAGAGUGACCAGCCCCCUGCCCUUUUCCAGAAAGCCCACUACACCUUCUCCAUCCCUGAGGAUGCACCCAUGGGCUCCACCGUUGGUUUGGUUCAGGCUGUUACCCCUGCCAAUUCAGUGGAGGUAGUCUCAUACGUCAUAUCCUCAGGUGAUCUGGACGGCCUUUUUUCAGUGGAUGCCCAGACGGGCAUCAUCACCACUGCCCGACCCCUGGACCACGAGUCCCUCUCUUAUGUCAUUUUGACCAUACAAUUCCACACAGGAACCCAUCCUAUUUACAGCAGUGCUCAGGUCAAUGUUACCAUUAUUGAUGUCAAUGACAACCCUCCUGUGUUCCAUAAAACCACAGAACACAUCACCAUAUCCCAUAACACCCCUCCAGGAACAGCACUCUUCAUUGCACAUGCCCAUGACAGUGACAGUGGCCUUAAUGGCAGAAUUCGCUAUAUGUUACGUCCUGAGAGCCCAUUGUUUAUUAUUCAUCCACAUCUUGGGACUCUUAUGCUGAACGGUGACCUUUCAAGAGAAUCCAGCCAAAGGUAUAAGCUCAGUGUUAUAGCUGAGGAUGAGGGUCAUCCCUCACUGAACUCUACAUUAGAGCUUGUGAUAGAGAUAGAUUCAUUAGGCUCUGUACAAGACACACUAGCCUUUGAAACUUUGGUUUACCAGGUGGAAAUCGGAGAAAGUGCUCCAAAAGACACCAGAAUGAUUCAGGUACGUGCUCAUGGAACCAGAUCCCAGCAUGAAGGGACUCCUGGAACAGAGCCCCCUGUCAUCGCUUACUCUCUUAAAACCCUCUCUGGAGUCCUACCUUUCAAGAUCCACCCAGAGACUGGUUGGAUGUUUGUAUCUCAAAGUCUGGACUACGAAACUGAACCCGUUUAUAGAUUUUGUGUGUGUGCAAAGGCACAUAAUAGCAAAACAGAGGCCACAGCAACGGUGGUCGUCAUGGUUCAGGAUGAGAAUGACAACAAGCCAGUGUUCAGUAGGGAUGUGUACUUCUUCAGUGUGCAGGAGGGACCGUCUCCUCAUGGCUUGAUUGGAACAGUAAAAGCUACAGACAGAGAUUCGCUUAACAAUGGAGUGUUAUCCUACAUCCUGCUGUCUGAUGGAAAAUACUUUCACAUCAACACCAGAACAGGAGAGAUCAUAAACCUAGUGGCUUUAGAUCGUGAGGAGCAGGCCCAGCACGUUUUAAGGGUGAUGGUCAUAGAUCAGGGUCAACCUCGUCUCAACACCACCACUAUCGUCCGCAUCCUUGUCACAGAUGUCAAUGAUAACCCCCCACAGUUCACACACCUACCUGCGACUAAAGAGCUAAACGUACAGGUGUGGGCAGGCAUUCCUGUGAAUUCUGUUGUAAUCAGUAUGUUUGCUAAAGACCUAGAUGCUGGAGAGAAUGGAACUGUCAAGUUCUCCAUGAAAGAUAAUCAGCUGGGCCACUUUAGUAUUGAUAGUCAUAAUGGUGAUGUCAAGGUGACAUCACGAUUCUCCUCAAACCCACAGAUGCGCUACACCUUGAGAGUGAUUGCCACGGACAAUGGGCUUUUUCCUCUGGAGGAAACCGCAGUUGUUCACAUACAAGUUUAUGUCUUAGACCAACAAAAUGGGAACUCCAAGGAUUUACAGAGCCUCAAACACUUUACUGUGCUGGAAGAUGCCAGUCUUGGAACCGUCAUUGGAACACUUGCGAUUUCUAAUACAGCAGAUACUCAGAUACGAUAUUCUAUUGUUGAGGGUGAUGGUAGUUUGCAGUUUGGCAUCAAAAGUGCAAGUGGCGAGCUCUAUGUGGCACAACAUCUGGACUAUGAAGUCACACAGCGUUACUUCUUGGUUGUACGUGCUGAGGCCGCCCCCGCCUUCAAUGUCACUGUAUUUGUGGCGAUCAGUGUUGUUGAUGUCAAUGACCACACCCCCUGGUUCCCUGGCAAUGGCAACUUUGUUGUGUUUGGCGUUUAUGAAGAUGUUAUCAACGGAACGGCGGUGUAUGUCUUUAACGCCCGUGAUGGCGAUGGAAGUCUGUGUAACAGUGAACUUUAUUAUACUUUGACCUAUGACCCUGACUCUGCCAUAGAGGGACUGCCUUUACACAUUGACCCUCGCACUGGAGUUGUCACAACAAAUGGACAGUUGGACCGUGAGCGCACUGAGAGCAUUGUAUUCAAAGUGACUUCCAGAGACAAUGCAGAAGAGCCCAACAAUAGGAAACAUACAUCAGUCAUCGCUCAGCUGAUUAUUUUGGAUAUCAAUGACAAUAGUCCCACAUUUGUUUCCAUGGAAGUAGCUUAUGUCUCAGAGGAUGCAGAGGUGGGACUGUUGGUUCAUCAUGUUAUGGCUAAAGAUGAAGACGAAGGAAGUAACGGACACAUCAUAUACAGUGUUAUUUCAGGCAAUGAGAAAGGCUACUUUUACAUGGAGCACACAGGACAUCUGUACCUGAAUUCAUCCCUGGAUUAUGAAUCCCAGCAUGUCUACAUUCUGACUGUCCAGGCUAAAGACAGCGGUGCUCCCUCUAUGUCAUCUACUCAGACACUCACAGUGGAGGUUUUGGAUGUUAAUGACCAUCCUCCUGUGUUCCAGCAUCACAUUUACAAUACCACUGUCAUGGAGAACAGAGAACCGGGAGAGUUCAUUGUCACAGUCACUGCAAUCGACCUGGAUUCAGAGGUGAAUUCUGCUAUUAGCUACAGCUUGUUACCCGGCCCUGCAUAUGAGCUCUUCACGAUAAACACUCACACGGGUCAGAUCAGCACCUCCACUCGGCUAGACAGAGAGAUCCAAUCCAGGUUUACUCUCAGAGUUCAGGCAGAGGAUAGUGGGACUCCAUCUCUCUCCGGCACUGCAACAGUCCUGUGCUUCAUCCUGGAUGAUAAUGACAACACUCCAGAAAUCUCUCAACCUGAUUUGCACAUAGUUAUCCCAGAGAACUUGCCUCCUGGAGUCAUUCACAUCAUCCAGGCCUCAGAUGUUGAUGAUGGUCUAAAUGGAACUAUUCAGUACUCCAUAGAAGCUGAAGAGUGUUUCAGCAUUGACGAUGUGACUGGGGCGAUCAGCACCCUUCGAUUCCUGGACAGAGAGGAACGAUCCAACUACUCCCUUCUCAUCACUGCUUCUGACCAUGGGCGUCCACCUCUGAGCUCCACUGCACUGCUGUACGUCACCCUCUCAGAUGAAAACGAUAACAGCCCCUCAUUUUCUCGGAAAAGCUAUCGUGCCAGCAUUAGUGAGGGGCUCCAUGUGGGUUCAGAGAUCCUACAUCUGAUUGCAUGGGAUCCCGAUGAGGGGCCCAAUGGUGUAGUGACCUUCUCCUUGGAGGAGGAGAAUUCUGGAAACUUUUAUGUUAAUGGUUCUACUGGUGUAGUAAGGCUCACAAAGCCAUUGGACCGUGAAACUCGUUCCCAGCAUGUCUUCCGCGCUGUAGCUACUGACGGCUGCAGCCAAGGUCCACGAAGCUCAAUCGCUACAGUUACAAUACAUGUUGAAGAUAUUAAUGACAAUCCACCUGCAUGCGUUAAGGAACCCAUGCAGGUGUCAAUCUCUUCCAUGACCGCACGUCCUAAUCGAUCCAUCAUAACAGUUACAGCCGAAGAUCCAGACCAAGGAGACAAUGGGACAGUAGUGUUUAGCCUAGCAGAAGAAGAUGAGCUGUUUCAGGUUGAUGGGUCUGGAGCUGUCAGGUUAAAAGUCCCCCUGAGUAAUGAUGAGGUGUUUGGGACAAAGCUGCUCCGGAUACGGGCUGUGGAUCUAGGUAAACCUUCCCUCACCUCUAGCUGCCUUCUACUCAUUCACCUUAAGAGUGAAGAGCCGGCAUUGCAGUUUACUGAGGAACUCUAUGAAGUCAUCAUACCAGAAAAUAGCAAAACAGGCUCUUGGGUUGCAAAUGUUGUGGCUUAUGACCAGACAGCAGAUGAAGGAACGAUCAAGUACAGUAUUUUUGGUGGCAGUGAAAAUGAAGCCUUCACUAUUAACCCAAUUACAGGUGAUAUCACAGUUAAGGAGCAGAGACUGAUAGACUUUGAGGUACAGAGUAAAAUUUACCUAGUGGUUCUGGCUGAAAAUGGACACCAAACAGCCUAUGCCAGGGUGGCCAUCACUCUGCAGGACAUCAAUGAUAACGCACCAGUUUUCAAGCAAAGCUACUACAGAACAGCUGUAUGGGAGGGUCAAAUUCAUAACACCUAUGUCAUGCAGGUUUUAGCGACAGAUUCUGACAGUGGUAUAAAUGGGCAGAUCAGUUACUUCAUUGUGGAUGGGAACCACAAUAAUGCGUUUGUGAUCGACUCUGUUCGUGGGAUUCUUGCCACCAAUGCUGUCUUGGACAGAGAAAUUUUCUCAUCCUACAAAUUAAUUCUUCAGGUCAAGGACAUGGGAAGUCCUCCUCUUACAGGCACCUGCACUGUCCGUGUCCAGGUUGUAGAUGUAAAUGAUAAUAGCCCUACAAUUCCAUCCAUGGAACCAGUGACCAUUGCAGAAAAUCUUCCUGUUGGCUACAUUGUCACCCAAGUGAUUGCAAAUGAUGUAGACCUUAGUCCUUCAGCGACAUACAGAUUCAAAGAUGAGGAUCGGACCAGCAAAAGUUUUGCAAUUGACCAGUACUCUGGGGUAAUUACCACAACUAAAAGCCUGGACUAUGAAGAUCAAGGUGUCUAUACAUUGAGAGUGGAAGCAUCAGACACUGUCCAUCAAACUGAGGCCGAACUUUUCAUCCAUGUGUUGGAUGUCAAUGAUAACCCUCCAGUCUUCUCUCAGGAAUCUUACCAGGUUUUGUUGCCAGAGCGUACAUCAGCUGACACAUAUGUUUUGUCUGUAUCGGCAACUGAUAAAGACUCUGGCCAAAAUGGAAGAAUUUCAUACAGACUUCUUUCCAACCCAGUGAGAGGGUUCUACAUUGAUCCUGACAAUGGUGCAGUGUUUACAAACAAGCCUCUGGACAAUGUUGCAAAUGGAAACAUGUUACGGCUGCUGGUGGAGGCGCAUGACAGUGGGGACCCCAAUCUAUUUAGUGUCACUUCUGUGGACAUAGAGGUAGUGGACUUUAACGAUAAUGCCCCAUUGUUCACACAGAACUCAUACCAGGUGAGUGUUCCCGAGGAUGUAUCUGUUGGAAGCUCUCUUCUCAUUCUAUUAGCAGAGGACAGUGACUACUCAAAUAUGAACAGCCAUUUGGAGUAUGCAAUCAUAGCUGGAAAUGACGAAAGGCGGUUCUGCCUUGAAGUUGUUAGCAUUCCAGCUGAAGCCCACAGCCGAACUGUUGGCCAACUAGUGCUCUGUGAUACACUGGAUCAAGAGACCACAGACACUUAUUCAUUGACUGUGACUGUAACAGACAGAGGAACCCCACCCCUGAACAGCUCAGCUGCAGUGUCAAUCAAAGUCCUUGAUAUUAAUGACAAUGCACCUAUUUUCAAUAGUCCAGAGUAUCAUGUACAGGUCACUGAGAACAGACCCGUAGGUACAGCCCUUAUCCGUAUCUCUGCCUAUGAUCCUGAUCUAGGGGCAAAUGGGACUGUAACGUACAACAUCAUAUCAGGUAACAGCAAAGGCUUGAUCAGAAUGGACUCUGCAACCGGUGUCCUUGAAGUUAAUGGGACACUAGACUAUGAAGAGAAUAAAAAAAUUACUUUAACAGUCCAAGCAUCAGAUUGUGGUGCUCCAAGUAACAAAAAAGUAUCAUUUGCGGUUGUUUACAUAUUGGUUCUUGAUGAAAAUGACAAUUCCCCAUUCUUCAUGUUCCCCACCUACAACUGCUCGCUGUCUGAAAACCUGCCGGCUUUGACCCCUGUGUGCACGGUACAUGCUAUUGAUGAAGAUGCAGGAAUCUUCGGACUACUUACUUAUUCCAUUUUAAACCCCUGUUAUGUGGACUAUGACAGUAGCAACCCAGACAAAAAAGAGGCAUUUGGUAUUGAUCCUUUUACUGGAGACAUCUACACCAAGCAGAUGUUUGACUAUGAAGGAGAGAGUGAAUUCUGCUUUGUGGUAGAGGCACGUGAUAAAGGAGAUCAAGUGGCAACCUUGAGACUACAAAUCGAAAUUGAAGGCAUUGAUGAGUUCAGCCCCAUCUUCACCCAGAAUGUGUAUCAUUUCUCUCUGCCGACUAAUGCCAAGGUUGGCCAAAGUAUAGGCAACCUGAUGGCUAUGGAUCAUGAUGGUGGCCUGGAUGGCUCAGUGGAGUACUCUUUAGUCAACCCAUCCCCAUUUUUCAAUGUCAACAAAACAACUGGCUGUCUAUAUAUCUCAAACUCUGUGUAUCAGAGAAGAUCGAACUCAAACGAGACAACAGAGGACCUGUUAGUUCUAGCAAGCAGCCCCAAACUGAACUCCAGGUCAUCAACUUGUCAUGUUGUUGUGAACAUAUCCAGUUCAGCAAAGUCUCUGGCAAGUGUUGAUCUCAGUGUCCACAUUGCCAGUCUCAUUGUGUCAUUGAUAGUGUUACUCCUCCUUUUAAUGAGUUUCAUUGCCCUUGUUCUAAGGUACAGGUCCAAAGAGAAUGCCGUAAAGAAGAAAACCUCCUUAUCUGCUAACCUUAACCUUGAGACUGACUCUUUAGGAACAACAGAUGGAAACCAUAACAGCAGUAUCCAUGGUAUUAACCUCCAAAAUUUACAAGAACCAAUAGACACAUGGGGAAGAUUGGACAUCCCAAACCCUUCAAGAAACUCAAACUCAAAAGCCUCAAGUGGAAGAGGAUCUACAGAGGAAGAGACUGCUGAGGAUCAAGAGAUCAAGAUGAUCAACAAGUUUCCAUGUUACAAACAGCUUGGCUCUGUAACAACACAACAGGCUUUAAGAGUCUCAGACUCAGGGAUUCCUGGGGACUCAGACCAACUCUCCUUUCACUCGAUAGAUAAAGACCCACCUUCUGGUGCCAGUAUUGGUAUAGUCAGAAUAGUGGAUAUGCCCAGUUCUGAUAGUCUCCAUAAUUUCAGGGAUGAAGGAGGAGGUGAGGGAAUGCUUCCUCAGGUAGUCAACAUGAAGGAAGUGGAGGAGGUCAUACGAAGGUGCAUGUCUAUGCCUGAUAACCAGGAUUCAGUUGAGGGCUCACUCACCAAUCUGAUUUCCUCUGAGGAACCGCUACAUGGGAGCUACAGUUGGGACUACUUUCUCAAUUGGCAGCCGCGCUUCCAAUCUUUGGCCUCUGUUUUUACAGACAUUGGGAUGCUUCCAGAUGAAGGGAUGAGGUCCAGGGAUGUAGAGCCAGAGUCACAGAGCCUUUUGCACCCACCUCCUCUCAUCACAGCAGUUGCCCAACCAGGAAUUCGUGCUGUCCCUCCCAGAAUGCCCCAUAAAAGAUCGCCCCUGGUCAGAUUGCCCAAUACUUGCACUAGAAACACAGAGCUGACCCAUUCAGCAAUGACUCCUAGUUUUUCCCCCUCUCUGUCAUUACUUACUGUUAGGACACCCAGUUCCUCCCCAGUGGUUUCAGAAACCGGCUUGGGAUGCUAUUCAAAAAUAACAACACUGCCAAGAGAUAUCUUGGAUGAUGCAGAGAUUCAAGUGUAAUCUUGUGUUUCAAAUAUAUAUGUACAUGUGUAAAAAACUUUACUUUUUUAAUUUAAAAUGUUCUUUUGUGUUGGUUUUAUAUGAAUUAUUAUUUGGUGUAUGAAAGAUUACUGUAAUGACUGUUUUUUAUAUAUAAAUAAUGCUAAUAACCAAAGUUAUAAUCAUAAUAUUUUAUUGUUAUAAA